AUGGAACCUGAUUCGAAGAAGCGGAAAUUAGAAGAAGAUUUUGAGAAAAUUCGAGAAAAUGUGCAGAUUGUGAAUGUGAAUGUGACACCAACGUGAGUAUUUUUUGAAUUUUAGGAUUUUCUCCCAAAUUUUCUUUUUUUUGCAGGACAAGUUCAAGUAGUUUGGAAGAAUUUUCGGAGCCUUCGACAAGUUCCGGAGGUCCCAGGAAAAAUGAGGAACAGCUAAAAAUUGAUGAAAAUUUGCAGGUUGGGAACUUUUUCACUGUUGGGGAUUUUUGAUUUCUGAUAGAAAAAACAGUUUUUUUUCAUUAAAAAUUUACUGUUUCAAAAUUUUAAUAUAUUUUUUUGAUGUUUUGAGAAUUUUGAUCCACAAAGCACCAUUACGGCUCAACUUUCAGAACGCGAAAAAUUGAUUUUCCUAGAAAAUCUGAAAAUUUUUGAAUUUUUUCGGGAUUUUUAAUGAGAUCUUUAUGGUUUUCACUGAAAAUCCUACAAACAGAAAAAAAAUAAGAUUUUUCAUUCAAAAAAAUUCACUGUUUCAAAAUUUUUCUAUAGUUUUUUUUUGAAAAAUUUGAGAAUUUUUAUGCGCAUAACACCAACAUCGCAAUUUGAAAAACUCAAAAAUCUGAAACUUCUCAACUUUCGGAACGCGAAAAAUUGAUUUCCCUGGAAAAUCUGAAAAUUUUCUUAAUUUUUGAAUUUUUUCGCAAUUUUUAUUAAGAUCUUUCUGGUUUUCACUGAAAAUACCUACAAAAAAAAUAUAAUAUUUUUCAUCCAAAAAAAUUCACUGUUUCAAAAUUUUCUCAUUUUUUCGGGGGAUUUUUGAAUUCAGCUAGAAAAGAAUUUUUUCAUACAAAAAAAAUGUACUGUUUCAAAAUUUUAAUAUAGUUUUUUGAUGUUUUGAGAAUUUUGAUCAACCGAUCAUCGGAAUUUGAAAAGCUCAAAAAUCUGAAACUUCUUAACUUUCAGAACUCAAAAAUUGAUUUUCCAAGAAAACCUGAAAAAUUUCACUGUUUCCCAAAUUUUCUUAAUUUUUGAAUUUUUUCGGGUUUUUUAAUGAGAUCUUUCUGGUUUUCACUGAAAAUCCUACAAACAGAAAAAAAAAUAAUAUUUUUCAUUUAAAAAAAAUCACUGUUUCAAAAUUUUCUCAUUUUUUCGGGGGAUUUUUGAUUUCUGCUAAAAAAUGAGCAGUUUUUUCGUCCAAAAAAAUUCACUGUUUCAAAAUUUUAAUACAGUUUUUUGAUGUUUUGAGAAUUUUGAUCCGCAAAACAGACACGAAAUUUUGAAAACUUGAAUAUUAGAAACUUCUCAACUUUCAGAGCUCAACAAAUUGAUUUUCCUAGAAAAUCUGAAAAAUUUCACUGGUUCCGAAAUUUUUUUAAUUUUUGAAUUUUUUCGGGAUUUUUAAUGAUAUCUUCAUGGUUUUCAUUGAAAAUACCUACAAAAAGAAAAAAUAAUAAUAUUUUUCAUACAAAAAAAAUUCACUGUUUCAAAAUUUUAAUAUAGUUUUUCGAUUUUUUGGGAAUUUUGAUCAGCACGUAUCUAAAACUUCUCAACUUUCAGAACUAAAAAAUUGAUUUUCCCAGAAAACCUGAAAAUUUUCACUGUUUCGAAAUUUUGACAAAUCAGCCUCUAAUUUCAAGCUAAUCCCCAAGCGAAAAAAAAUUAUGAAAAAAAUAACAAAAAAAAUUUUUUUUGACCUACCCGCGAGAAUUGAAAGACUCGAAAGUAGCAAAUUAUUGAUAAAAAAAAUAAAUCAUUCGGUUUUUUUAAUUUCUUUUUUUUUUAUUGUGAACACACCUGAACUAAGACAAUUUCUCAACUCGAAAAAAAUCAAUUUUAUUUCCAGAAACUUCUUCUAUCCUCUCCAGCUCAUCUAUUUUCAACCGGUUUACAAAAUCAACAAUCAGCUGCUUGUUGGGAACAAUGGUUGUGUCUUUUGGCGACGAAUUUGACACCAGAACAAUGGCAGGUAAAUAUUUUGGGGAGAGGAAUUUUGAAGUGUUAAGCACAAAAUUAAUGAUGAAAUUUUGAAACAGUGAAUUUUUCCUACAAUUCGGGCUGCUAGUUACCACGGAAAAAAGUCCUCACAAAAUCUAAUUGGGAAUUUUUGAAACAGUAGAUUUUCUCAGGUGAAAAUUUUCAGUUUUUUCCUUACCAGGAAUCUAUAAGUCAUCAAAUUCAAAACUUCCAGUAAAAAUUAUACAGAAAUGUUGAAACAGUUAAAUUUUCUGGAGAAAAAUUUUGUUUUUAUCAAAUUAUUGAUGAAAUAAUUUGUGGAUCAAGUAUGAAUUUUCAAAUAGAAAAUAUACAGAAUUCUUGAAACAGUGAAUUUUCAGGGAAAUAAAUUAUUUCAAAAUAUGAAUAACACCAUAAAUCACCUUAACAAAUUCAAUUUUUACAUUAGAAUUUUUGUUAAAAUUUUGAAACAGUAAACUUUUGGAUUCUUAUAUAUUCUUCUUCAUCAAACAACUUAUCUUUCAACAAAAUUAUUAGAAAAAUCUGAAACAGUCGAUUUUUUCUAAAUCGAUAUAAUUUUUCCAACAAAAUUUCCCUUAAAAAUUUUGAAACAGCAGAUUUUUGUUUGAAAUUAGUUUUUGUCAUCAAAUUCAAAGCCCCACUAAAAAUUAUACAAAAAUCUUGAAACAGUGAAUUUCUUUGUUGGCAAGUUUUUGGAGAAAACAUUUUUCACUUUUUUUUUGCAAAUCAAAUCAAAAAUAUGUGCUAAACGUGUACUAAUUUUGAAAUUUAAAAAAGCAAAAAAAAACGUGUCCUAAAUGACGUGUUCAAAAAUUUAGAGCCAACAUGUGUCUUUGUGCUCAUUUAUUUUUCUAAUUCAGGUGGAAAACCGUGAUUUUCUGAUCUAUUUUUUCUAUCUAAUGUAUAUUUUUAUCCAAAAAACCAGGUAAUUUUGGGAAAUGAACACAAUUUUUAUCCAUUAUCACAGGCUUUUGGGUAAUUUCUUUUGUCUAUCAAAAACAGUUAUUGGGGGCUUCAAAUACAUGUGUGUCUUGAAACAGUGAAUUUUUGAAGUAAACUAAUCAUUGUCCGUUUGGAAAUGAGAUUCACCCCGCGAAAAAAUAAAUUUGAAUUUGCUGCACGAGGCGCAGACAGCGAGAGAGUGCGCUGGCAAACAGCCAACGGGGGUUUUGUAUGGGAAAGCGACCGCAACGCACACGCAUUGCGGGGGUAGGGGGAAAUUAGAGAUUUUCUCAAAUUCAAAUUUAUUUUUUCGCGGGGUGAAUCUCAUUUCCAAACGGACAAUAUUUUUGGAUUUGAGAAAGUCCGUUAUGUCAAACAUGUGAUCAAGUAUGAAUUUUCAAAUAGAAAAUAUACAAAUAUUUUGAAACAGUGAAUUUUCAGAAAACAAAUUAUUUAAAAAAAUGAAUAACCCUUUUUUAAAAAUUUUGAAACAGUAGAUUAUUGGAUUAUUCUAUAUCAAAUAAAUUAAUUUCUCCUUUUUUUAAAAUUUUUCUAUAACAAUUUUGAAACAGUGAAUUUUUUUUGUUUUUCAAUGUUUUCGGAAUUUUAGUUCAAACAUAAUGAAGUCCCACCAAAAAAUUAUUCCCACCAAAAAAUAUACAAAUAUUUUGAAACAGUAAAUUUUUUGCAGACCUAUUGGCUGUCGCAAUGCUCAUUAUUUGGCGAACAAUCAGUUCCAGUUCAUCUUCUAUCAUUUUUCGCUGCAAAUUCCACUCAAACCUCAAAUUCCACGCAAAUUUCACCGAUUCCAAAUCCAGAAAGGCACGAAAAUUACGGUCAGUUUUUUUGGAUGAUUUUCGGGGGGAAAAUUUGUUAUUCAAAAAUUUUUUUUUUUUCAUACAAAGCCUAUAAUUAGGCGGCUUUCUCGAAUUUUUCAGCUCUCUAAGAAAAUUUUAUUAUUUUUUGUGCUUUUCUGCUGGGCUCCAUGGAGAUUUAUUUGAUUUGGGCGAUUUUUUUCAAAUUAAAUUUCUAAGGUCUACCCUUUUUACUCACUCACAGCAAAAAAAUCAAAAAAAAAAUCUCAUUUUUUUUGCUGAGCCUCUGGCAUUUGUUGUCUUUAUAUUCGAGCAGCUGGCUGAAUUUUUUGGGUUGAGACUGGAAGAAGGCGAGAGAGUGUGUGGAAUUGAGAGAGUGAACAGACGGGAAAACAACCCGGGCAAUGAGGAAAAGAAAGGGUUUUUUUGCCUUUGCUUCGCAUUUUUUCUCGUCACUGGGAAAACAGAUAGGAUUUAUAUUUAUGUAGUUUUUAUUUUCUAUUUUUUUGAGAUUUUUAUUUUUAGUUGUUGAAAAAUUUUUGGAGUUAUUUUAAGAUGAGGUCGACGAAAAAAACGGAAAUUUUCAACCAAAAUUUUAUCAAAUAUUUUUUGAAACAGUGAAUUUUUGAAAAAACAAUUUUUAAAUUGGAAAUUUUUUAUUUGAAAAUUUAUUCCGAUACAGUUAAUUUUUCAGAUAUUAAGAAAAUGACCGAACAAUUUAUUAAAUUAACAAUUUUACUUGAGAAUUUUUUGAAACAGUGAAUAAUUUUUUAAAAACAUAAUUUCUGAAAAUCAAUUUUUUUGAAUUCUAUUCAUCUUUGAUUAUUGAGUUCACUAAAUCAAAAAUUCUAUGUAGUUAAACUUCUUGAUUUUUUGAAACAGUAAAUUUUUGCAAACCAGUUUUUCAAAUUUAACGAAAAUUGAUUAUUUUAAAUUUUAUUUCGAGAAAAUUUUGAAACAGUAUAUUUUUGCAUUCUUACUACACCCUAAUGAGAGAUGAACAUCAGCAAUCUUUCGAAUUCAAUUUUGUUCAAUAAUUUUUUGAAACAGUGAAUUUUCUCCCUCAAAAAAUCAAUUGGAAGAAAAUAGAUGAAAAAUAUUUUUUUUUCUCGAAAAAAAGUGUCUCAAUAUUUUUCUUCUUCUUCUAUUUUUCAUCGGAAAAAAAAAUGAUGACAUGCUUAUCAAAAAAUGUUCUGAACACAACACAUUUUUUUCUGCUGUUUCAACAUUGUUUCUAUUUUUGAAGAAGAAGAAGAACAAAAUGUGAACAGAUUGUUCUCGACACUUUUUUUUGAUUUUUUGGAUUUUUGAGAAAAAUUUUGAAUUUUCAAAAUGCCACGUGGUUUUUGACGUCAAAUCUACAGUAACCCUCUAAAUUUUCUGUCCAAAAUCUAACCCCAAAUCUACAGUAACCCUGGAAAUUUUGAAAGCCAAUUGAGUCAAAUACAGUCUACAGUAACCAUAUGAAUUUUGAAUUACAAAAUGUUCUGUUCAAAUUUUGAUUUCCUAAAACCACAGCUUCAUUUUUUGCCACAAUUUUUCUACAGUAACCCCAAAUCACCGUAUCCUUAUCCUAAUUUUCAUUUCUAUUUUUUAACCCUACUGUAAUUUUCCUUCCUCCCCUAAAAAUUAAUGCUUCUUUUUUUUUUCGAUCUCAGUUUUCUUCGAUCAACAUCAAAAAAUGGGAAAUGCAGCAAGUGGCGGAGGUGGAAAUAGUUCGAGACGAGAUUUGAAUUAUGCUGGAAAUGCGAUGGUAUUUUCGAAUGGACGAUUGGCGGCCGCUGAAACUAGUUAG